CCUGAGCUGGUGGCCAAUCACAGCCAAAGAAAAUUGGACGCUGUUUUUCGUUUCCAUGGCAACGACAUUCCCAAGCUGACACCCACAGGAGACAACAGACAGUUAGCACCUCCGUGUUCCUGUGAAGAAGAAAUGUCACAAAGGACGUACAACGAGCUGUGGGCCGAGGCCCAGGUGGAGUUGAGUCGUCUGCUGGUGGAGGAGAUUCCCGAGCAGCCGCUGCGUCCGGAAAAGGACCGAGUGGUGUUCUUCCAGCGUCUGGCCAUGCUCUACGUGCGCUACCUGCAGGUCUUCCGGCAACUGGAGAGGGCCGACGACCAGGUGGUGCACCCUCAGAAGAGACGGCUCCUCCGCAACCUCCUGGAGGGAGUGAUGGGCCGGGUCUUGGAGCUGAAGAACGAGAUGGUGGAGAAGGAGUUCUCAGAGUACCACUACAUGGACGACGUCCUUCACGACUUGAAGCUCACGCCUGCCGAACUCGAGAUCCCCAUCCCGACCUACUUCCUGCGUGACCGCAGCGCCGACAGCCUGGAGCGGACAACGAUGGUGACAAACAUCUUCCAGACCAUGGAGACCACUGUGACCCAAAAACACGUAACCAGGACCAUGAGUCAAGAGGAGGCCAUCAGAGUCGUUCAGAUGGCAGAGAGGGCACGCCAAGGCCGCCUGAGGGCAGCCUUGAACGAAGCGAGCAGAAGAUUGAGCAAGAUACCCAGAACCGAGGACCCAAAGCCCGAGGACAUGGCCCGAGCUGCAGUCCGCAUCCAGAAGGUAUGGAGGGGCUACUUAGAGAGGAAGAAGACGGCAGCUGCUCGGAAUGAAGAUAUGAUUUUCCUGGGAAUGACCUUGCAUCCCAAAUACCAGGAGCCAUGCGAGGCCAUCAUCUCUGCCCAGGCCAACACUGCUUCCACCCGAAACAAGCAGAAGGAACAUGAGGAUGACUAUCAAAAGUCUGUGGCUGCCAUCACAAACCAACUCCGAGAGACCGAGGGCCAGGAAAUAGCUGAGAACAUCAAAGAACAAAUCCGACAGUGGUUUCUUGAAUGCCGAAACCUGACAGGGACGUUCCCAGACUUCCCCGACGAAGACGAGGGAGGCUCGGCCAUCAUUUUUGCACAAAAGAAUUAUCAGCAGUUGAUAAAAGAGUUGGCUGAGUUGGAAGAGGAAGCUUCGGGCAAGAAAAAAGACGACAAAAAGAAGGAAGAUGCAAAGAAGUCCAAGGGCAAGGAGGAAGAAGAGGAAGGCUUGGUGAUGCUACCUUCAGCUUUUCUGGCAGACUUGGAGUUGGGCAACAAAUCCUUUGCAGAUUUCUGGGAAACCCGCAGUGAGUCGAGAAAUUUCAACCAGAGACACGAAGUGGAGCUGAUUAAGGAAGAGAAAAGAGUGGACAUCGAAGCAGAGAUACGAGUGAAGGUGGACGUGCAGAUGAGAGUGGAACUGGCGGAGUGGAGGCUCGCUGUGGAAAAAGUCCCGCCCAAAGUCUACAAAAAGAAAAAAGCCGGCAAGGGCAGUAAGAAGAAGAAAAAGGGGGAGAAGGAUCUGACAGCUGACAGGACUCUGGAGUCUCUGUGCCAGGAGAUGGUGGAACAGGGCUUGUUGAAGCAGGCAAAUAACGUUCGCAUGCGGGAUUACCUUGGCGACUUCAACUACCUGGGGACCACGCUGAGGCAGAACGACAUCGAGCCCAUGCCCUCCAUGUCCGACGUGCGGCAGGUGGUCUCGCUCUACGCCGUCCUCCCCCUGGGGUCUCACGCCGUCCACGUGAAGGCCCCCCUGACCAAGGCCAUUCUGCUGGCGGGGCCGCCGGGGGUCGGGAAGAAGAUGCUGGUCCACGCCGUCUGCCAGGAGACCGGGGCCACGCUCUUUGACCUGUCGCCUCUCAGCAUCGCCGGGAAGUAUCCGGGCAAGAGCGGCCAGGCCAUGAUGCUGCACCUGGUUUUUAAGGUUGCCAGACUGAUGCAGCCGUCGGUGAUAUGGAUCGACGGCGCAGAAAAGAUGUUCUACAAGAAAGUUCCCAAGGAGGAGAGAGCGCUGGAACCGAAACGCCUGAAGAAAGAUUUGCCCAAGUCUCUGAAGUUGAUCAAAGAGGAGGACCGGGUCCUGGUCAUAGGGACCGCGAGAGACCCCAUCAGUGCGGACAUCAAGUCCCUGUGCAAGACCUACAGCAAGGUCAUCCUCAUCCCCAGGCCCGACUACGGCUCCAGAUACGUGCUGUGGAAGCAACUGAUCCAAAAGCAUGGCGGAAAGAUAACGCCCGCUCUAGACCUCAGCUCCCUGGCGAAAAUCUCGGAUGGCUUCACCGCCGGUCACAUGAUCCAGGCCAUCCAGACGGUGAUCACCAAGCGCCGGCUCCUCCUGCAGGAGAAGCGACCUUUGAAGGCCAUCGAGUUUGUGGCCCCGCUGGCCAAGUUCACUCCCGUCUUCCAGGACCAGGAGGAGGCCUUAAAAAAAUGGUACACCAAGACUCCUCUGGGCAAGAAGCGUGCAAAGGCUGCAGCUGAGCGGGAAGAAGCCCUGCAGGCACAAACGAAAGGCAAAGCUGCCGCCAAGAAAGGGAAGAAAUAAAGUGCAAAUAUUGGCAAUAAAUGUUAAACAUUUGAUGGUAAAAGUGUUAUAAAGUAAUGAUUUGUUUAUGAGUGCCUGGAGGAUGUUUGUCAUUUCUAAUUAAAUGUAUUUUCCAACAUGAGAAUCCAGUUCUUCACUUUAAUAUUCUUUCAGGACACUAAAGUU